AUGGAGGAACGUAAGGCUUACCCAGGACAACGAAAGAAGACGUCUGGCACAACAUCGCCCAAGACCACUACGGCCAAGAAGACUACGGCCAAGAUGGCCACCGCCAAAACGACUACGGCCAAGACGACUACGGCCAAGAAGACUGUGGUCACAACGUCUACUGCCACAACGACUACGGGCAAGAUGACUACGGCCAAGACGAAGCGGCAACACGUUCAACCGACUUCCAGGAACAAUCCAAAACGUGUUCGAUACAGCAGUCGAGUGACUGAUGAGCCGAUGCCAACCCAGCCUGUACAGCAUGAUACUCAGCUGCAAACACGAUUCGCAGAGAUGGAGCGCGCGCGUAACAACUACUACACAGUGCUGAGCAAAGAGCAGGAUCUCCGAAUCCACGCAGCUUACAAUGGCGGGAGUAUGGUCGGUAUUAUCGAAGCUACUGUGGCCGGUGCGCAGAACGCGGUCGUCUUGGCCAGAAUCAAGGACAAACCUAAGACAGUGGAGGACGCGUUUUCCGCCGUCGCACUUCGCCUGGACGAUGUACUGGCGGUUCUAAUGGGAACCGCUCAGUUCGAACCGGACCCUGAGUACGAUCAACCCGAUCCAAGGUUUGCUGCGGCGCGGAUUAGACGCGCAAAACGAAGAUAUGAUGAUACCAAAAGCGCCCUGUACAAGCUUUGUGUUGAGCUUGGAGCGGAUGAACCUGGUGAGAUCGUCAUCGGGAAUCGUACGAGCCGAUUCUUUGGGAGAGUUUAA